GUGUUUGUUGCCAUCAAUUCAGAGGAGGUGCUAAAAAAACAGCAAGAAGUUGCCCAAGAGAAAUCGAUCAUACUGCGGUUAUACAAGAAUUGCUGUAAAUCCUUCAAAUGUGACAUAUUACACUACAAAAUAAGGAACAAGGAGAACACAGAGUUGUACAAGCACUGCAAAUACUAUUUUCUUAUCAAGUUUAUAAUACUGCACAGCUAUGAUGAACUUGUCAGUUCUAUCGACUUGAAAUUGAUUGUUAGCGACGAAAAACUUUUUCUUUAUCUGCUAGAAAAGGUGAUCGAUGACUCUGAUCUGGUCAGAGCCCGUAAGAUGCUUAUGUUUGCCAAAAAGCACAAGUAUUUUAACAGAAAAUAUUACGACUUGAAGGAAAGGUACAAAAGAGUGUGCAGACGGGCAAGAAAGUUUGCUUUAUACGAGUAAAAAGUUUGUGAGGUGUUGUAUACGAAUGUGAUGGUGUUUAAAAAGUAUUUGAUCUGUUUAUUAUGUAAAUUGCGC